ACGUUUACCACAGCGGAGGCAGCCUGCAGUUGAGAGUCAUGAAUUAUAAGCUAACACAUUACAAUAAGCUGAGUUCCUCCGGAAGGCUUCAGGUGUCUCAGUGAUCUGAUGAUUAACAAUCCCAGUGCUUUCUUCACACUAGUCUGGACAUUGAACAGCUCACGUUUCCAUGCUGAAGCAUCUCCCGUGCCUCUCACAAGCAGCAGCUCACCUGCCCCACCCCCCUUCCUCUCUGCUUCCUCGCUCCGGCCUGCUGCUCUGUCUGAGCCGUUAAAGCACCACACACCAGGAUUAUCGCUCAGUCACAGAGGGAAAACAGACACGGAUGGACUUUGCUUUGGGCUCCAGGGAGGAAGAUCGCAGAUCUGUUGUCCUAGAGACCGACUGGUUUUCCUCUGGACGCACCAUCAGGGCGAGCAGGCAGCACCGAACAGAGAUCAACACACGAGAGGGGAGGUGAUGAGGAGUGUGGCUGUCUGCUAGAGGAGCCCACGUGUUCCAUUUUUUUCCCUCCAAGCUUCACCCUUAGCCGCUGCUCAAGGAGGACUCGAGUGCAUGAAGAGCGCCCCUCUGCUGUAGACCCCGACAACCCGAAGCCGCCCUGCCAAACCUGCAGCCAUGUCUGGAGCCUAUGACGAGUAUGCGAGCCAGGAGGAGACCACGGACAGCUUCUGGGAGGUUGGGAACUACAAACGCACAGUGAAACGCAUCGAUGACGGUCAUCGGCUCUGCAACGACCUGAUGAACUGCAUCCAGGAGCGUGCCAAAAUCGAGAAAGCAUAUGCACAGCAGCUGACUGAGUGGUCUAAGAGAUGGAAACAGCUGGUGGAUAAAGGUCCUCAGUACGGCACGGUGGAGCUAGCUUGGAUGGCGGUUAUGGGCGAGGCAGAAAAGGUGAGCGAGCUUCACCAGGAAGUGAAGAACCACCUAGUCAAUGAAGACUUUGAGAAGGUGAAGAACUGGCAGAAGGACUCAUACCACAAACAGAUGAUGGGAGGAUUCAAGGAGACCAAAGAGGCAGAUGAGGGCUUUAGGAAGGGCCAGAAACCGUGGGCCAAGAAGCUAAAAGAGGUCGAGGUUGCCAAGAAGUCAUACCACAUGGCCUGCAAAGAGGAGAAGCUGGCUGCUGCCAGAGAGGCCAACAGCAAGGGGGAAGCCUCGGCGCCGGCUGAGCAGCAGAAGAAACUGCAGGAAAAGUUGGACAAAUGCAAACAGGACUCGCAGAAGGCAAAGGAGAAAUAUGAAAAGGCCCUGGAGGAGCUGAGUAAGUGCACGCCUCAGUACAUGGAAAACAUGGAGCAGGUGUUUGACCAGUGCCAGCAGUUUGAAGAGAAGAGGCUGAGCUUCCUAAGGGAGGUGCUGUUGGACAUCAAACGCCACCUCAACCUUACAGAGGACCAAAGUUAUGCCACAGUGUACAGAGAUCUGGAGCGAACCAUCACCUCGGCUAGUGCUCAAGAAGAUCUGAAGUGGUUCAGCAGUGUCCAUGGCCCUGGGAUGCACAUGAACUGGCCCAAGUUUGAGGAGUACAACCCAGACCUUUCUCAUAACAUCUCCAAAAAGGAAAAGAAGAAGUUAAAUGAUGAUGUCAUGCUGACUAAUGUCAAGACAGCAGUGGGUAACCCUCAGUCUGGAGACAGGGGGAGUGUGAGCAGCUAUGAGAAGAACCAGGCGUACACGGCCUCCACCGAGUGGUCAGACGAUGAGCAGAAGGGCUCACAUUCAGGAAGUGACACCAAUGGAGGACCCAGCCCCUUUUACGAAGGGGAAGGUGUGAGGGUCAAAGCGUUGUACGACUACGAAGGCCAAGAGCAAGACGAGCUCAGCUUCAGAGCGGGUGAUAUGCUGACAAAGCUGGAGGACGAGGACGAUCAGGGCUGGUGUAAAGGUCGCCUAGACAACGGCCAGCUAGGUCUUUACCCGGCCAAUUACGUUGAGCCGAUUUAACUGAGGAAUGCUUGGCUCUUCGGAGGUGAAACCCAGUCUGAACUCAUACCUGCACAUAGCCAGAGACUUCAAAGCAAAGCUUCCUCUUCCUGUCAGACAAGGAGAGCUGUCUUCAUCUUCAUCACGGAGGAAGAGCGCUCGGGAUCGCCACAGAAACUGAAGCUGUAGCUGUGUUCACCAGCUGGGAUGCCAACGUGACAUUUUCUCUGAUCAGACGUUUGACACGGCAUCAUCAUUUGGAACGUGGGGGGGGGACGGGCUGUGCAUUUCUUGUACGGUGUUACUUUGUUUUUAGGACAUGCAUUUGCUCAGAUGUUUCGCUCAGCAUUAGCUCUCAGAUUGGAUUUCUUGUUGCCCUCGGCUACAUCUACAGGAUGUGUAAGCGUCACCGGGCAACAAACCAACUGCAAAGCCUCAUAAUAACCACUUAGGGUACAGGAUAUUUCCUGGUAUGAGUUACAGCUCAGAAGUCUCUGUGCAGCCUCGUUCUGAGGUUUUCUCAGAUGAAGUUUAGUUUUAAUUGUCCUGUCUUGCUGAAUUAUUUAAAAGUGAGAUGAAUCCGCCUGUCAUCGGUGAGUAAAACGUCUCUGAAGUGGAAAUGGUUCUUUACCAAACACCAGGAGGUUUGUUUACAUUAACCUUCGCUGUCUUACCCAUCUACAACGAUGUGCCUGUUCUAUUUAUCACAAUCUGCUGAUGUUCUCCUCUGUGUUGAUGAUGCAGACUCCAUGAGCACAAACUGCCUGGAAACCUUACCUCAUCGCUGUUUUCUUUUCUUUUAUUGGAAGAUUAGCUCCAUUUCCAAUCAGAACUUGUUUGUUUCUGCAGUUAAUGAGCCUUGCUUACUCUGAGCGAUUGUGACUCAGUUCUCGUCUGUGUGAUUCGGUGCAUGCUGAUGCUCCUGCUCACCGUUUACUGAACUGAUCGAGCGCAUGGCCUUGAUUUGUUUCCACCUAAUUAUUGGCUGAAUCUCAGUUUAAUUAAAACUCCUCUGUUAUCGGGGGUGAUGAUUGGCUGUUUCACUGUGUAUCAAAACAAAUUUAAAAAAAUGUAGGUUGUAUUGAAUGAAAUUUCCUGCUAUUUAAAUGUUUUGUUUUAAUCAGAAAAUUUAAAUUACGAGUGCAUGUCGGUGUUGGAAAGGGUUGGUUUGUUAGCGGCACGUGUUUCUGAAGAAUCCUCUUCUGUGGCGGACGGAAGGCAGGUGUUGCUGAUGCAAAUGAGGAAAGACGUAGCUCUAAAAGCAGAAAGAUAAAGAGAAUAUUUAAUCUGCAAAUGCAUAAUGAUUCAUUUUACAAAAUCGUGAAGAAAAUAUCUCCUUUCUCAGUCUCAGUGUGGCUUCAGUUAGCUCCUGAUUCAGAGGGAGUCGCCUCAACGGUGAACGAGUGCGCUGAAUCUGACACCAGCUCAUCCAGAUCUGUUUACACUGACACGUCAACUCCUCCUUCAUUAACUGAUUGAAGACGUACAUCUCCACUGUCCAAACUCCUGGAAUUUGGUCGUUUAAAAAUCCACAAACAUCUUUUUUCUAUUCCUUUGCUUCUGCUGCAACGUCGGAAGACUAGAGGGCGUCUUUGGAUUGUGUCCGUUCCUCUGAAUUAGCUACAAAUAAAAAAAAUCUGAAAACCGAGGCACAUAACAGAUUAUUGGAGAGGGAAAGCACGCGUGUGCUGCUCAUUUAAAAUGCAAGAUGUGAUUUAUUCAAAGUGCACAGAAAGUAGAGAUAACGCUGUGAAAAUACGAAAAUCUAAUCCCCCAUGUUGAAUUUUCUACUGUAGGUCUAAAAUAUUGGUCUCAUCUUGUGCACUAGUGUAAUAUUUAAAUCCUGCUCUUAUUUAUUGUGUAUAUUCUAAAUUAUAAAACACCUCUGAUUUUUUUUUGAUUUUGAACAAAAGUAUAAAAUACCUUAAAAUUGUGUCAUGGCUUCACAUGCAUGUCUUAUCUUAAUAAAGAUGCAAGACAAAUGUCAUCCACACAAGUAAA